AUGCACGUACGGACACGGAAGGCAGGUUCUGGAGUCCCUCGACCUUUCGCGAAUCCCGUCGACAUCAGCAUAACCUUCCUCAAUUGCUCAUCAGUUGAUCUCUGCAGCGGCCUCCCACCAAAAAGAACAAUUUCCCAGCCAUCCAACGCUCGUACGCUCCCUUCGAGAACAUCGUUGAGGAUCAGGCAAGCGGAAUCCGGCGAUAUCAGAACGCCUCCAUCCACUAACUCCAUCGAUAGGCAGGACAAGAAGUUACGAAAAAUACUGAAAGUGAAAAAGACGUACAAAGAACCAACAACCAAAUUCCAAAAAGCUAUGGACGACAGCAGAGAGAGAGACAGAGAGAGGGAACUACGACUUCUAUUGCACUACCCUGUACUAAUUGUUUGUUCAAUGCUGUACAAUGAGCUAUGCCAUCGGGAGCCAUGUAUGAAAUAUAUGAAUGUAUGAUGACACUAUACACUUAUACAUCAUCUGUGAAUUAUGUAUCAAGUAUAAGCACCCAAUCAUCAACUUUCAUUACAUUAUUGUAAAUGGUUACAUCCUUCUGUUACACUUCUGAUAUUAUUCUGCUUAAUUCUACA